ACCUCCUUGUGUAAUUUCACUGUUAUGCAUCUGACAUUCAGGCGUCGGUAACAUUUCCACGGCGGAGAAGCUGUUCGUCUAGAAGUCUCUCAGCGUCUCAAGAAGCAGGCUUAAAAUGCUGUCUUCUACCAUUGCCAAAAGACUGGUGAAAGGAGUGUGCCAGGCAGCGUGGAGACCAGCCGCCACAGGGUUGGUAUCAUCUCGUGGUUACCGUGGAGAUGCUCCAGACGACACCAGGGGCGACCUGAUUGAGAUCCCUUUGCCCCCUUGGGAGGCGAAGCCCAACGAGCCCAUUGACAUCAAGAAACGUCGACUGCUGUAUGAAAGUCGCAAGAGGGGCAUGUUGGAGAACUGCAUUUUGCUCAGCCUUUUUGCAAAGCGAUACCUGAACACAAUGAGUGAGAACCAGCUGCAGCAGUACGACAGGCUGAUUAAUGAACCGAGCAAUGACUGGGACAUCUACUACUGGGCAACAGAAGCUCAGCCCACCCCUGACGUGUACCAAGGGGAGGUCAUGGACAUGCUGAAGGAGUUCACAAAGAAUCGCAACCAUGAACAGAGGUUAGAUGCACCCAGCUUGGAGUACCUGGACAAGGAAAGUCAAUGAGGUCGGACCUUUUAGACCCUCUCAGAGACUCAUUUUAGGUGGGGCACUGGUUGGAAUAUCAGUGUCAUUACCCACCAGAAGAAGUCAGCUGUCUUUUGCCAGUCAUACACAGCUGAGUGUACAAAAUAAUGUGCAGUGCAAAAUAUUUAGAACGCUUUACUAUCUAGUACUACACACCAGUCCAUGAAACUUUCUCACCAUGAAAGCCUCGGUCCACUAUUUCCUCUGUGACCAGGUCAGUCAUUAUAGGGUGAAGAAGAGUCGCGGAUGCUAAAGGGAAAUCAGUGCUUCAGGAAACUAUUGAUGCAGCAGAAGAUCAGGAAGGUGUUCUAAAUGUUUUACGUUGAUAAUACUGUAAAUUUGUGAUUCCAGACUGUAAAUUAAAACUGCUUAAUGUGUGCAUACUGAUCAAGCUGCCUUUGAUGAAUGAAUACAAGAGGAUUAUCUAUAUCAAGAGACACACUGACUCGCUCAUUAGCACACUCUGUUCAGUAAUUUUACUGUGCCUAUUACAGACAUUAUGGCUUACUUAAUAAAAGUUGAUGUUGAUG